UAAAACUUGAGUGUCAUCCCACGGGAGUCGGGACACAGCCACAGGUGCAAAAAUUAGAAAACAAACGGGUUCGCGUCUUCGCGAUAUCAAAUUACACACAAAGGUUCUCGAAAAUGGAAUCCGUUGAAAGUUCAUCAUCUUCAUCAUCACCAACAAUUGAAAAUCCGCCAUUAACGAAAAGCGAAGAAUACUCAGUAGAAAAGGCAGUGAAGAGCUUGGAGCAAAGCAAUCCAUGGAUCCAACAAGCUAUACACCAAGCAUUUCUUGCUCAGGACACCGUUCAACAAACCUUUGAUUCCACCAUUGCCGCCACUCAUUCUCGCCUCUCUCAAAUCCGUUCCACCUCUUCUGCGCAUUUCCACCAAACACUCGAGUCAGUUAAGGAUUUGAAGGCUGAUUAUGAUGCUUAUGAAGCUAAAUUCUUCAGCAAAGUUAAAGAGGGUGUGAUUGUGGCGGCAUCACAUCCAUUUAUUGCUGCUGGAGCUGUUGCUGGGCUGGGUGUCUUCGCAUUGAAAGGUCCAAGACGUUUCUUGUACUACAGAAGCUUGCGGCUGUUUUCUUCUGAAGAGGUCUUGCUUUCUCGAGCUGAUGGAAAGCUGAAAGAGCUGAAGCAAUCGUUUGAAAGCUAUAAAGCUGCAACUGAAAAACUAGAGAAAAGGGCAUCACAUGCAGAAGAGGAGAUGAAAAGAGGAAGAACUAAACUGAGGCAAGCAGGAUAUCAGAUUAGAAAAUCUGUUCUUUCUGCUGAUAAGAUUGAGAAACAAGGAAGAGGCUUGAAGUAUAUCCUUGCAAACCUUCCUAGGAGGCAAGCAUCUCUAUUCAAUUCACAGAUUAAGAACAUAGUUGCUGAGGCAAAAGAGGAGCGAAAAGUACUUGCAAAGGAAGUGACUAAGAUUAGCAAUUACGGGAUUUCCAUAUGAGAAAGCUCUUCCUGUGUGGCUGUGGUAUCGAAUCUGACAACUUGUUAAUAAGAUUGUCGACAGGAUCUGGGUGUGAGAUCAAUUCUUCCUGUCUCCUGCUUCCUCCACCCUAUAUUUGGAUAUUAUAUACAGUCGAUUACCAAAAUUUUGUCUGACAGAAUAUUGUACCAAAUGUUCAUCUAAGCAAUCAGGAUUUGCUUAGAUUUUUUACUUUAAGCAAAUCUGCAGUAUGUUGCAACUCUCUUCAGACAAUGUUGAUUUCAUUGGUAUGCAAAUAUUAUGCUUCUGAAAAGAUUACGCACUGA